AUACAUUAUUUAUAACAAGAAAAAAAACACAAGCGAGUCUGUUUUAGGGUUUAUAUUGCGGCAGAGCUCUCCUUCAUUGUCUCUCCACUCCCUCGUCACCAUGAUCAUAACAGAGAAAAAUCGCAAAGAAAUCUGCAAAUACCUCUUCCAAGAGGGUGUUUGCUAUGCUAAGAAAGAUUUCAACUUGGCAAAGCACCCAGAAAUCGAUGUUCCUAAUUUGCAGGUGAUUAAGCUUAUGCAGAGCUUCAAAUCAAGGGAGUAUGUUAGGGAAACCUUUGCGUGGAUGCAUUAUUACUGGUUCCUGACUAAUGAUGGAAUUGAGUUUCUAAGAACUUAUUUGAAUCUUCCUUCGGAAAUUGUGCCUGCUACUUUGAAGAAACAGGCUAAGCCUGCUGGGAGACCUUUCGGUGGUCCACCCGGUGAUCGCCCUAGGGGUCCACCAAGAUUUGAAGGAGAACGUAGAUUUGGAGGUGACCGUGAUGGGUACCGUGGAGGUCCAAGAGCACCUGGUGGUGAAUUUGGAGGAGAUAAGGGAGGUGCUCCUGCUGAUUACAGACCCUCAUUUGGGGGUCCUGGUGGAAGGCCUGGAUUUGGUCGUGGAUCUGGUGGUUUUGGUGCACCAACAAGUUCAAAUGAUGCUUAAAUUAUAAUGAUUAUUCCCAAGUUUUCUACUUGUUUUUUGGAACACAAUUUUCUUGUAGUUGAAGUUUAUUAUACAAUAUCCUCAGAGGUUGUUUAAUCGGCAUGUCAUAAUACUCUAAUCGUAUUUAUCAUUCAAUGAAGAUUUUAAAUUUCGAGUGUUUUGUUGAA